AUGGAUUAUGAUUUUCAUAACGACAAGUGCUGGUGCUGUAGCAAAACAUAUGAAGAAAGAUGUAGUUGUUUGAAAUUUAAAUCUUUUUGUGACAGUUCUAAAUGUUCUUUGUGCCAUCCACCUUCAAUACCAAUAAUUCUUUGGUGUCAUCCACGUUCGUGUUCUUCAGCAUUCCAGCGAGCCUUUCUUCAACGAUCCCAAGAAUUUAAGUGUCUUCAAGAACCAUUUCGAGAUGUUAACGCCUUGAGUAUGAUUUUUGGAAUAUAUUAUCAGCAAAAAGAAAAAGACAAUGAAAAAUUUCUGAAUCAAUUUCAAGAAGAAAAUAAUAAUAAACCACUUAGAGUGUUCGUUAAAGAUAUGCCAAUUUUUAUUGAAGGCAGAUACGGACCCAACAUUAGAAAUCCUGCUUUGCCCAAAUCGACACUUUCAAAGAUCAGACAUACAUUUCUCAUUAGAGAUCCAUCUAAAUCUAUAAAAUCCUUAUAUCGAGCUUACUUUCAAAUACAUUUCCAACGACAUGAACCUCUCAAAGAAAAGGAAGAUACUGAAAAAUCCAUCAAAUUAGAUGAGUUAAAAUUUAUAACUUCAUCGAUAGGUAUUAAAGAACUUGCCGUGUUUUUUGACUACGUUAAAGAAGAGUUUAAAGACCAGACACCCCUGGUAAUAGAUGCAGAUGAUCUUUGUAAGAAUCCAAAAGGGAUAUUGAGAAAAUAUUGCGAGUUAAUUGGAGAAGAGUUUGAUGAGAGUAUGAUCUCUUGGAAGCCGGGAAAGAUCAAAGAUUGGUAUUCAAUGGGUGUAUGGCAUAGCGAUUUGGAGCAAAGCACCGGAUUCGGUAAAUUUUUGAAUACAAAAAAUUCCUGUACUAAAGAGUUCAAAUAUCCUCUUUUUGUUGAAGAAUGGAUUGAAGAAAAUAGAAAACAUUAUGAUUAUUUGUAUCAAUUCCGAAUAGUGCCUUGA